GAGAGAGAGAGAGAGAGAGAGAGCGAGAGAGAGAGAGAGCGAGAGAGGGAGGGAGAGCAGAGAGAGUGAUUGAAUGGGACAGAUUGGGAGGUGUGAGAAAAAGCAAGUGAGGCAGAGAGAGAGAGAGACAAACAGAGAGAGAGGAACAGCAACAUAGCAACAGUGGAGGGAGAGCAGGCUGAGCAGCAUAGAAAAACACCAAUAAAAAACACUACUCAACGCUACACUGGAUUGGAUCCACACUGGACAACCUAUGUGUGUGUGUGUGUGUGUGUGUGUGUGUGUGAGUCAGCCUGGUUGUGACAGUGUGUGAGAGUGCCUGUGUGUGUGAAUGUGUGAGAAACAGAGAGCGGUUGUGUGUAUGAGAGAGAUAAUCCGAAAGAACAUGCAUGUGAGAGACAACCUGUGACUGUGUGUGUGUGAGGAAGUGGUUUGUUGUGUGUGUGUGUGUGUUAUAGACUGUACUCGACAAUGAGUUGUGCAAUGCAAUGCAGCAUUACUUCUGAAGAGAGGAGACACUGAAGAGCGGACACUGCAGGGAUACUUGUACAGCUGCUCUUGUGUCAGACACACCACUGUAGCGGACAACGUUAGAGCCCACGGCUGGAGAGUACAGGACAGGACAGGACCUUUGGCCUGGACAAUACCAUAGGGAUUAUACCAUUUUGGGAUGAUCACAGAGGUGGCAUAGACAAUACUAUACAGGUAGAUUGUACCACUGGGACGACGGCGUGAUUGUGUGUUUUCAGGAUGAAUCUGGACCCUGUUCAGGUGAUGAAGGGGCAGUCUAACCCAAAGGACCCCACGGCUGCCCCUGUAACUGCCUCGUCAAAUGGAGAUGGCAAAGGAGGCUGGGUAGAGAAAGAGGAGUUUGACCAAGACCACCUGGGUCUCACCACAAAACCCCUACUGGUGUCAUGUCACAGAAGAGCACGGAAGGUGGAGGGAGGCAUUUUCUUUCCCAAGCCAGAGAAUGCGGUGACCAUUGCUGUUUCGUCCCGGGUCCUGUUCCGUACUGAGACGGAGCAGAAGGUGUAUGAGCAGAAGGGGGUGGAGGAGUACCUAAGGUACCAGGUGGAGCACGAGAACGAACCCUUCGCUCCUGGGCCAGCCUUCUCCUUCGUCAAGGCGUUGGAGGCGGUGAAUGCACGUCUGAGAGAACUGUACCCAGAGAGUGAAGAGCUGUUUGACAUCGUCCUGGUGACGUAUAACCACGCCCAUGUAGGAGUCAGGCUCAUCAAUACCAUCAACCAUCACAAUCUGUUCAUCGAGAGGUUCUGUAUGACGGGAGGAAGUUCACCUAUUGGCUACCUAAAGGCGUGGCAGACCAACCUGUACCUGUCUGCUGAUGCUGAGAAGGUCAGAGAGGCGCUGUCUGAAGGCAUUGCAGCGGCCACCAUGUUCAUGUCCAAUAAGCUGACAGAGGUAUCGCAGACGCAGCUGAGAGUGGCCUUUGACGGUGACGCUGUCCUCUUCUCUGACGAAUCAGAACGCAUCUUCAAGGCCCAGGGCCUCGACGGGUUCUUCCAGCACGAGAGAGACAACGAGGACAUUCUACUGGACCGUGGCCCUCUUAAGGACUUCCUAGCGUCCCUUGGCAAACUCCAGAAGAAGUUCUAUGCUAAGGGCCACCGUCUGGACUGUCCCAUCCGUACCUACCUGGUGACGGCCCGCAGCGCAGCCAGCUCAGGGAUCCGUGCCCUGAAGACCUUGAGAGCCUGGGGCCUGGAGACGGACGAGGCUCUCUUCCUGGCUGGGGCACCCAAGGGCCCGAUGCUGGAGAAGAUUAGGCCCCACAUCUACUUUGAUGACCAGAUGUUCCACGUGGAAGGGGCGGCAGAGAUGGGCACGGUCGCUGCUCACGUACCCUACGGGAUUGCUCAGAAGCACCCACAUAAGAAGAGCCUGAACACAGGGAAGUAGAUAGUGGAGGGAGAGAAUAAGAAAAAGAUUGAAGAAACUAAGAGAGAAGAGACCUGAGAUGAAAGACUUUUAGAGAGGGAGAUAUAGAGUCAUAUGGAAAAUCUGAUCUUCCCCGGGUCAUUGUCACAAACAAGAAAGGGUUAUUUUCAGUCAGUGAGUUUCGUAAAAACUAAGGUAGAUCAAUAACAAUGAAGACAAUGAAGAAAGUCUGUAAAGUUUUGGUAAUGAAAUACUCCUAAUAGACGAUAAUUGAAUUGUGUUGAUUACAGUAUGGUGCUUUUCACCAGAUGUCAGAAGUGUUUGUUUUGUACAUAAGUGGGGUUGUUUCACCUCCUCAGCAUCCUAUGUGUGCAGCCGUUAUAAUCAUCCUUAGGAGUGUGUUAUCAUAAGCACUUUGGUUGGACACGGGAGAGUUCUACAUACCUGAUAUAGGAACAGAUGAGAGUUCUACAUACCUGAUACAGGAACAGAUGAGAGUUCUACAUACCUGAUACAGGAACAGAUGAGAGUUCUACAUAUCUGAUACAGGAACAGAGGAGAGUUCUACAUACCUGAUACAGGAACAGAAUAGAGUUCUACAUACCUGAUAUAGAACGAGAGGAGAGUUCCACAUACCUGAUAUAUUAACAGAGGAGAGAUCUACAUACCUGAUAUAGAACCAGAUGAGCGUUCUACAUACCUGAUACAGGAACAGAAGAGAGUUCUACAUACCUGAUACAGGAACAGAUGAGAGUUCUACAUACCUGAUAUAGGAACAGAGGAGAGUUCUACAUACCUGAUACAGGAACAGAAGAGAGUUCUACAUACCUGAUAGAGGAACAGAUGAGAAUUAUUCAUACCUGUAAUAGGAACAUAGGAGAGUUCUACAUACCUGAUGUAGCCUGUCAACAAUGAGCUUUACUUUCCCAUAUAACUUGAGCAAAUGCAUUCACUUGAACUGAACUUGUUUUAUUUUUCUUCAACAUUUGUGGGAUGUAACAUGUAUCCUGUGCUAUUUUUAAUGACCGAUCCAUGGCUGUGGUUGUAGCGAAGGGAAUAGGAUACAGUAGCUCUACAACUCUCCACAAUCCGUCCUAAGAAGAAGAAGACAGAGGUGAACUCUUGAUAGUCACCAGGAUGAUAUUUUACAAGAUGACAAAUGGCAACUGGACUGCCCCCAAAGGACACCUGGUGUCUGUGAUUCAAAACACAUGGAUGAGACUGAUGACUGACACUGAAAGACGUAGCAACACCUGAAAAGUGUCAGAAAUUGGGAAUCGAUUCUAUUAUUUAUAUAAUCAAAAUCAAGUGUUGAAAUACAAGCCAUGAUCCAGAAGCACAGAGAAUUCGGGUGAAAUAACUAUUUGACAGUUGCACGACAAGACAUAUUAACAUAUAUAGGACACAUGGAAACAUUUAUGUGACGUAAUGUAGUAAUAGACCUUAUUUGUUUGUGUGGAAUUGUCUCACUGUGAAAAAAAAAAAAACUUCUACAAGAAUGAAUAGGUCACGUGCAUGCUAGUCAUCUUCCCGAGGAUAACAAAUAAUACAAUAGUAUUAUCUCACAAAGUCUUCUCCAAGUACCAAAGCCAUAAAUACCAACCAUAAUGUUUUUCAAUCUCUGAGUUUCCAUUGGUGCCUUAGUUCUAAUACAUGUAGUAGGUGUAUCACGUGUCUGUUCUGAGGAAACACUAGCCGAUCAAUAAAGUUUUUACGAAUUCAACUGCAUGACGGAACUAAGGAGGAAGUGCUAAGGAAGUGCCUGGUUGCAUCCUAAAUGGGAAUCCUAUUCCCUAUGUAGUGCACUACUUUCGACCAGAGCCCUAUGGGUCCUGUACAAAAGUAGUGCACUAUAUAGGGGAUCGGGUAUGUAAGCAUGUAACAGUAGUCUAAAAUGGCUUCCUCCCGUUGUUUCCUUCCAUCGUCACUGACGUUAAAGAACUUGACAAAUUCUUUGUAGGAAUUCUCCGUAUUGCUUUACUGAUGCACUUACAGUACCUUCCUGUCCCUGAUACUACAGUCUACAUUGUCAACUCGGUCAUACGUUGAGAUACCAGCAAUGUUACUAGAAAAACUUAGGGAAUGAAUUUGUGUUAAAUGACAUAUUGAAUAGAAGCGUAAUUAAAGAUCUCUGUCAUCAUACAUUUAAA